GGCCCUCUUCAAGUCUAGCCGCAAAGAAAAUAAAGCAGCCAUGUUCUUCGAACCUCUGGCCCUCGCUGUCUUCUUCCUCUCCAUCUUCCCCAUCCAAUCUCUCGCCGCCCGACCAAACAAGAACGCAAUCCUCCUCUCAGAAGUACGGACUCUCACCCUGCGUGGCAACGGCGCAAAGACCGCCUCUCGCCGCGUCGCCCCUGUCCCGCAACUCAAGUGCAUUUCUUCAAAGGCCGUCUGCGACCUCUAUGCAAUUGACGUCUUGCGCUGCACCAACCAGGGCUCCUCAUACGGCGACGAGGACGUAGAAUGGAGCUGCACCGCUUCGCUGCCGGAAGAGUUCAAGCUGGGCAGCACCGACGUCAUCUGCGAAGGCUACUCUUCGCCCGAUGAUCCAUAUGUUCUCAAAGGCAGCUGCGGAGUCGAGUACAGGCUCAUAUUGACCGACAAAGGCGAGAAGAGAUAUCCAGGCGUGGCAGAUCCAAACGGCCGCUGGUUUAGUGACGGCGAAGGAGGUACGGAUCUUGGCGCGUGGGCAUUUGCAGUCAUAUUCAUUGCCGUUCUUGGAUGGAUAGUGUACUCUGCAUGGCAGAGUGGGACGAACCCAAGACAGCGCCCUCCUGGACGAAGAGGAUAUGGUGGAGGAGGAGGAGGCGGAGGAGGCGGCGGCGGCGGCUGGGGUCCUGGCUGGGGCCCAGGAAAUGAUCCGCCGCCACCUUAUCCCGGAACCAAGCCAGAUCAAUCGCAGCAAGGAUGGACACCUGGGUUUUGGAGUGGGCUUGCUGGAGGAGCAGCGGCUGGUUACAUGGCUGGAAAUCGAAACAAUCGGCGGGACGACAGAAACGCUUCACGGGGAUGGGGUGCUGGGCCGUCGAGCUCACAGUCUUUCUCUUCCGGCUCUGGCGCAAGUUCUAGCUCCUCUCGUCACGAGAGCACAGGCUUCGGCUCAACAAGUCGUAGAUAGCCAUCUAUUUGUUUUUCUUUUCAGUACUAUGUAGGUAUAUGCGUGUGCUACGGAAUACAAAGCACCAGGACAUAGCAAGCACAAAAUAAGCAAAGCAUAUCAAGCAAUGGGUCAGAAACUGCGCCAAACUUGCGGCUUCUCUCUUAUCCAACCCAGCUCCAUCCUCGUAGACCCAUUGGGCAGCGACCUAAUAUCUGCCCAUCAUCCUUUACACUUAAUGUACAAGGUUGGAAGCACCCCCUCAUAUCGUCCCUUGCUCGUAAACGUACACUGGUACUACAUUUGUCCAACACGCCGACCCCUAUACCCUUUUUUCGAAAAAUUUGCAAACACAAAAAUGGCACAUAGUUGGUAGAUGCCAUAUAACUUCCGCUGCGGAUCCGUCCGCUAGCAACUCCCCACCCCCCCUUUGCGCCUGUAACACAUUUGG